AUUAAUCUAUUUUAGAAAAUUCCAAAGUUCAAAUAUAAUUUGAUCAAUAUUCGAUAAUUACUUUCGAAAAAUGUAGCUCUUUGCCUCCAAUUUAACGCCUAUAAACUCCUCUUCCUCCCUCUUGAUCUGCCAUUGUUCACCAAGACAAAUAGAGACAAUGGUCGCUUCCUCUUUCUAUACUUUACCGAUUCUUUUUGUCGCAGUUUAUUGUUUGGCGGCAGCUGCAGCGGCAGUGAUUGCCACUUUGCCGCCACAGCAGAAGCUUGACCAGAUCGAUCGUCUACCUGGCCAGCCCAGCGUAGAGUUCAACCAGUAUUCUGGAUAUGUCACUGUGGACGCAAACGCUGGUCGAGCACUAUUCUACUGGUUUGUUGAGGCACCAGUGGCAUUGCAGCCUGUCCCGCUUGUUCUGUGGCUGACUGGCGGCCCGGGCUGUUCUUCCAUCGCCUAUGGCGCCUCCGAGGAGUUGGGUCCUUUCCAAAUUCAGCCCGAUGGCAGGACUCUCAAUCUCAACCCCUACUCGUGGAACAAAGUGGCUAACAUUCUUUUUCUGGAGUCACCGGCCGGGGUUGGCUUCUCCUAUACCAAUAGAACCUCGGAUCUCUAUACAGCUGGAGACCAGAGGACAGCGGUGGAUGCUUAUACUUUUCUCGUGAAUUGGUUCGAAAGAUUCCCCCAGUACAAGUUCAGGGAUUUCUAUAUGACUGGGGAAAGCUAUGCAGGCCACUAUGUUCCUCAACUUUCUCAAAUUGUCUACCGAAAGAAUCAAGGAGUUCAGAGACCUAGCAUUAAUUUUAAGGGGUUCAUGGUGGGCAACGCUGUUACUGAUGAUGAUAAUGAUCUAUUUGGAACUUUUGAGCAUUGGUGGACUCACGGGCUUAUAUCUGAUAAGACCUAUAAAGCCCUGAAUGCUGCUUGCAAAUCACAGUCAUCGCAGCACCCAUCGGCAGCCUGUUUAAAGCAGGUAGAUGCUGCUGGAAAAGAAAUGGGAGAUAUUGAUCCAUACAGCAUUUACACUCCUACUUGUAACAUAUCUUCUUCAUCUCUCAAGCGUAAAUUGAGAGGUCACUAUCCUUGGAUGUCGAGAGCUUAUGAUCCCUGCACAUAUAGAUACGCUGAGUUGUAUUACAACCACCCUGAAGUGCAAAGAGCACUCCAUGCCAAUGUCACAGGGUUGAAUUAUCCUUGGAAAGAAUGCAGUGACAUAAUUGCGCAAAAUUGGGGUGAUUCACCAAAAUCUAUGCUUCCUAUAUACAAAGAACUUAUUGCAGCCGGCCUGCGGAUUUGGAUUUUCAGUGGUGACGCAGAUUCAGUGGUGCCAUUGACUGCAACUAGAUAUUCAAUCAAUGCUUUGAACUUGACAACACUCAUUGACUGGUAUCCUUGGUAUGACCAUGGAAAUGUUGGUGGAUGGAGCCAGGUCUAUAAGGGCUUAAACUUUGUGACCAUCCGUGGAGCAGGUCAUGAGGUUCCCAUCCUUAAACCCCGCCAAGCUCUCAUACUCUUUAGCCAUUUCUUGAAGAAUAAGCCCAUGCCAUCUGUCAUAUAUUUCUAUAUCAAGACUGCCAAUCUUUAACUGUUAAAAGGAGUUAUCUAGAAAGCUCGUGUGGCUUUGUGACCUGACACGUGCAACAUCCAUCAUCAAAUCAGAAUUUCUAAAGGCACAAAGUGCUCUUAGCUUCUCCUUUUAGUAGGGCUUAUAAGGACAUGAUUUUUCACCACAUUUACCAAAAUUGUAUGCAGGUUCUGAGCAGGUUUUAUUUUAUGCAUGACACUUAUGUCCUCGCUAACUUACUCGUAU